AUGGUAAAUUCCGUUUAUAGUUCAUAUCAUUAUGUUGGUUGUUAUAAACAAGUAUUUUAUAAUAGUUAUUUCUUAAGUUCAUAUAUGGAACCAACAUUAUGUUUUCUUUUAUGUGAAACACCAAUUAUUUAUAUACAAAACACUAUUUGUCGAUGUUCAGGUAGUGGUCUUACGGAUCAUAAUCAACAAAGAGAUGAACUUUGUUCAAUAUCAUGUAGAAAACCAGGUGAUACUCGAAUUAAAACAAUUAAUACAUGUGGAGGUAGAGAAACAUAUUCAGUUUAUGCUGAAGAAAAAUUUUAUAUUCAACAUGCUCAUUUAUUUAAUUUUCGAAUUCAAUUUACAUCAUGUGAAUUAUGGAAUAAUACUGGUUAUUAUAAUGUAUCACAAGUAGAAAUUGAUAGAUUAUCCGUUAAUAAAACUCCAUUGAAUAAAUUGGAACGAUGUACAGCUACAUGUCUUGAUCAAAAUAUUACGACAAAAUCAAUAGCUUUCAAUGAUGAUAAUAAUCAAUGUUUAUGUAUAAUGGGACGAAAAUUAAAUCUAAAUUCUGAUAGUACUCAUUAUUUAACAAUUUUACCAAAUAAUAGAUGUGAUCGUUAUUGUGAUAAUACAUUAGAUAAUUCAAAAGUUGAACACAAAUUUCAAUGUGGUUCAUUGAAAGAUUCACGUAUAUGGGCUAUAUAUAAUUUAAAUGCUACAUGCCCAAUUGGUUCUAUUUAUAUAAAAGAAUUAAAAAAAUGUAUAUCGAUCUAUAAAGGAUUUUCGAAUUUAUGUCCAUCACCUUCAAUAAAUUAUAUUUAUAAUGGAAAUUUAACAUGGAAUAUCUUUCUAAAAACUAUUAGAAAAUUAAAUUUAACUAAAUCUAUUGUUUCAAUUGAUUUUGAUGAUUAUAUUACUAUUGAUCCUUCAUGGAUAUGCCCAACAACAACAACAACUACCAAUACAAAAGAUUUAAAUCUUUCUAAUAGGAAUUUUAGUACAUAUUAUGUAUUAGAUAACGGUUGUUUACGUGUACAUUCCUAUUCUUUGAAUUCACAUAUAUUAUCGAAUCGUUUAUGUAUAAUAAAUCCUAUAAAUGAGAAUUCAUUGUCAUAUGAUACUAGAAUUUAUUCAAUUAAUACAUUAGAUUCAAAUACAAUGAUGACUAUUUGUCCACCAAAAUGGAUUGAUAUAAACCAUCAUUGUUAUCGAAUAUCGGAUGAUCAUAAAACAAUUCAAGAAGCAAGAAAUAGUUGUAUUACUCUACCAAAAGUUGAUAAAAAUUCUCCUAAUCCAGAAAUUAUAUCAGUUAAUAAUGAUUUUACGGAUACGAAUGAUGAUAAAAAGGCAAUGAUUAAUAAAAUCAAUAAUCAUCUAAAUGAUAUUCUUAAAGGUGAAAUUGCACAGUAUACAUCAUCUUGGCAAGCUCGUCUUGGCUUCUUUCUUCUUGAUACAAAUGCAUCAAAUACUGUACCAAAAUUUGAAUCAUUUUCAUCAUUUAGUCUAUAUAUGAAAGAUUCUUCAUCAUUAGUAUCCAAUGUUGAUAUUAAUCUUUCAUCUAUAAAUGAAUUUCAAAUGCUUAAUUCAAAUGAUGAUAGUAAUUUAAAUAUAAAAAAUGAUUCAUGUUUACUUUGGACACGUUCAAUAAUCGAUGAAAAACAACGAAGUUCGAUUUUAGAAAAGACUCAAAUUAAUAAUUGUUCGGAAUCAAGACAUGUUUUAUGUAGAACAAAAACAAUACUUGGUUUUAAUUCACCACAAAUGUGUUAUACUAAACCAUCAACACUUGGUUUACCAAUAAUGAUAUCAAAUCAUUUAACAUAUGAAUUAUGUUUAUCUGUUUGUCAAACAUUAAAAACAAAUUUAGCUGUUAUAAAUAUAAAUAAAUGUUAUUGUGUCGAUGCUACUCUUUGGCAAAUACUUGAUCUCAGAAGAGAUCGUACAAAAUAUGAAACAAAAGAUUGUGGAAAUCCUUGUCCUGGUAAUCAAAAUGAGCAUUGUGGUAAUACAAAUACAAUUGUUGUCUUACAUGUAGCUGAAAAUCUAUCUCCAUUGGGAUAUAGUAGAUUUUAUAAAUAUACAAAAUCCUAUCCUGAUUUUGUUUAUCAUAGUUGUAUACAUUUAAAUUUUAUCAAUCAAUCAAUAAUAUAUCAAUUCAAUUUACAUCAUAUAAAUGAUGUUCAACCACGUCAUUGUUUAGAAUUAUGUAAAAAAUAUAAACAACAAUAUGCACUUCUUAAUUCAAAUAAAUGUUUAUGUACGAAUAUUCUAAUGGGAAAAAAACAAGAUAAUAGAUUUUCAUUUCCAGAUUUUAAUUGUACUCAAGAAUGUCAAGGUAAUUAUUUUUAUACAUGUGGAAAUACAAGUAAUUCAACAAUAUAUUCAAUGUAUGUCAUGAAUCCAAGAUGUCCUGAUAAUUUUCAACUUAGUGAUAAUGAAGAACGAUGUAUACAAACAAAUUUUUUCGUCGAGAAAAAUUCUUUUUCAACUGCACAAUCUUAUUGUAAAUCUAUUGGUGGUGUACUUGCAAAAAUAAAUGAUAUUUUAGAAAUUCAAAAUCUAAUACCAAAAUCAACACUAACUACAAAUUAUUUUAAUAGCUAUCCAUUUUCUUCUACAUUAAAUUUAAUUAAUAUGACAAAAUAUUUUUGGAUUGAUCGAACAUCAGAUAUCAUGAAUAAUAAUAAAAUAUCAGAUCAUUCAAUUGGAAAAUGUUUUCAAACAUCAAAAUCUAUUGAUCAAAAUUGUAUUGUUCUUCGUCGUGAAAAACUUAUCAUUGAUAAUACAUUAACUUUUGAACGAUGUUUUUCUGAAUCAGAUCAAUGUUCAUCAAUGUCUGCUAUACCCGUUUGUGUUGAUAAACAUCUUGAAAUUGAUUCAAAUGUAAAUCUUUCAAUGACAACAACAAACAUAUCAGUUAAUAUAUCAAUAGAUUAUUCAUGUGGUAAUGAUUUAAAUUAUCAUUUAAUAAAUGAUUAUUGUUAUAAAGUAUUAUUUCAUGAAACUACUUGGAAUGAAGCAAAAAUUGAAUGUGAACGUGAUAAUGCUACAUUAUUUUUACCUAAAAAAUAUGCGAUCUUUUCUUUAUUAAAACCAUUAUUUUUACGUCGACAUAGUUAUACAUCAUCUGGUAUUGCACAUAUUAAUAGUUUUUAUGAUAAGCAAAAUCAUACUACUAUGCAACAUAAUACAAUCAAUGAAAGUAUUUUAACAAGUGAAUCAGAUUCCAAUGAUUUUCAUAAUUUAUGUGAAACAAUAUUUCAUUAUCGUAAUGCAAAAUUAAUGUCAUCAUCAACUUUAUCAAACAACGAGAAAAGUCAAUUAAAAAUUCAACAAAAUGGCUGUGCAUAUGUUGAUUUUCGAUCUGAAUAUGGAAUAACGUUUUCAUGUGAUGAAAUAUCUUGUAAUCGACCAGCAACUGUAAUAUGUCAAAAAUUACCAAUUAUAACAACGCAUACUAUACUAGCAAAACAGUUAGUAGUUAUCAACAGUUAG